GGUUCGGACAAAUAACAAAAGAAAAGAGAGAAAAUAAAUAAUUUAGACAAUUUUCCGUCUCUUUCUUCGCUUUCUGAAUCUCACUUUUUCUGCUUAGAAAAUCAUCCUGGGAAAAUGGGAUUGCCGGUGUCAGACCCGCUUUCGCAGCUGAGCUUGCCGCCGGGUUUCCGGUUCUACCCGACCGAUGAAGAGCUUAUGGUUCAGUAUCUAUGCCGUAAAGUCGCCGGCCACCACUUCUCUCUGCAGAUAAUCGGAGAUAUCGAUUUGUACAAAUUCGACCCGUGGGAUUUGCCAAGUAAAGCAAUAUUCGGAGAGAAAGAAUGGUACUUUUUCAGCCCAAGAGACCGGAAAUACCCGAACGGGUCGCGACCUAACCGGGUUGCCGGUUCAGGGUACUGGAAAGCCACCGGAACAGAUAAGGUGAUAACUACGCAAGGAAGAAGGGUUGGAAUCAAGAAAGCUCUGGUUUUCUAUGUGGGUAAAGCUCCGAAAGGAACAAAGACGAAUUGGAUCAUGCAUGAAUAUAGACUCUCCGAGCCGUCGAGAAAAAAUGGAAGCACAAAGUUGGAUGAUUGGGUUCUGUGUCGCAUCUACAAGAAAAGCUCCGGCGCCCAAAAACCCAUUCCCGGCGCUCAGGCCAGAGAGUACAGCCACGGCUCCUCGUCGUCGUCGUCGUCUCAGUUCGACGACAUGCUGGAGUCGUUGCCGGAUAUCAACGACCGGUACUUCGCCCUGCCUAGGAUGAACUCGCUGAGAACUACACAACAGGAGGAGAAGCUUAACCUUCAGAACCUGAGCUCCGGCAACUUCGACUGGGCGAGCCUCGCCGGAGUUGGAACGAUGCCAGAAUUAGGCCCGGGCGGGGGCGGCUGCCAAGUUUCAGCUCAUCAAACUCAGGGACACCUCAUCAGCAACAACAAUACCAGCCAUGACAUGUACGUCCCUUCCAUCCCACAAGCGUGCCUCGUGGAGCUGCCACGUCAGAAGUUCGGCAGGGCUGUAGAGGAGGAGGUUCAAAGCGGGCCCGGAACCCAGCGGGUUGAGAACUCGGCCUACAACUCGAACGCGUUCGCUCAGGGUUUGUUCAACUCGCACGACCCGUUCGGCAUUGAAUACCCGGCAGGACAAUUCGGGUUUCGGCAGUGAAGAUAGAAAAAGAGAGAAAUAAAGCACUGAAGGGCGUGUGUGUAAAUAUCUGGAAUUCUUUUGGCUAACAUUUUGGCAUUAGAUUUCGGAGAAUGGAACAGUGGGGCAUGGACAGGGUGAUGGUGAUGGAGCUGGCAACUCAAAAGGCAAAUUAAAUUAAUUGAUUUGGCUGUGGGUUUGGUACAUAAUUUAAUGUACACAAGACAUUGGGUAUACUAUAGUUUAAUUAGUGAUCAAAUUUGCACAUUAGUUGGCAUUUGAAUAGGGGUUUUAGAGCUUCAGUAUUGCGCACUAAUCGGUCAUGAUUAUGAAACUUACACUUUUGUUUGGUCU